AUGCGAUUCAACCUCCUCCCAAUGGAGAUCCAGCUCUACAUCCUUAGCCUCCUUGAUGAUAAUAUACUUGUCUUCCUACAACGUGUUCAUCCAUACCUCGACCGCCUGAUUGGCAGCCUCAUGACGCGACUGUGGGAUGGAUGGUGGACGUGGAAGCCGCCGUUCAAGGAUUUGAAGGUUAAGCAUCUGGAUGAGCAUGAGUCCGGGUCGGACGGUACGGGUGAAGACGAUUCUGAGACGGACGAUUCUGAGAAUGACGACUGGGGCAAGGAAGAGGGUGGUGAGGCGGAAGAAGCAGAGCAGGGCAGGUUCUGA